UGCUUAAUUGUCAGAAUUCUUUCAGGACCCCACCAAAACCUUUUAACAGUAGAAAACUUAUGAGUAAACAAAGAGAAAAUACUAAGUUUAUUUUCUUUUUCUAUCCAUGGCUCACCUCGCUAAGCUAUUGGUAAGUCUGAAAAUUACCGGGUUCAGUCAAGCACUGCAGCAUUGACUCCAGUCUUCCUAGCAGGACAGAAAUGAACUUGGUACCUAAAAAGACACUUUAAGAGUGCAGUGGCUCCCAGGGGGUCAGGAUCCGUCCAGCCCAGUGAGUGGAGCUGUCGGAUCGUCGUCAAUGUCCUGGCGGCCACACACGGUAAAGGGCCUUCCAGGAUCGGUGCCCGCCGCGCAGUCGGUGCCCCGCAACGCCUGUAGGUAGCUGGCAGCCAGGCCCCAGCACCCUGCACUCAGCGAGCCAAUAGUCACAGAGCUAGGGCGGGACCUCGGGGAAUCCCGCCAAUGGGAGUGCAGGGAGUGGUGGGAGCGCCCGCCGCUGCGGGACACAGGAGCUCGCGCACCGGCUCAGGAAAUGUGGGAGGCUCCGGGAGCUGAGGCGUGCGCCGCGGCGCUCCGCGCGCUCUUCCUGCUGCUCUUCGCGCUGGCGGUCCUCCAGCUGCUGAAGCAGAGGCGGCCGGUGGGCUUCCCCCCGGGGCCGCCGGGGCUGCCCUUUAUCGGCAACAUCUUCUCCCUGGCCGCCUCCGCGGAGCUUCCCCACGUCUACAUGAGAAAGCAGAGCCAGGUGUACGGCGAGAUUUUCAGUUUGGAUCUUGGAGGCAUAUCAGCAGUGGUUCUAAAUGGCUAUGAUAUAAUAAAGGAAUGCCUUGUUCAUCAAAGUGAAAUUUUUGCAGACAGACCAUGCCUUCCUUUAUUCAUGAAGAUGACCAAAAUGGGAGGGUUACUCAAUUCCAGAUAUGGCCGAGGAUGGAUUGAUCACAGAAGAUUAGCUGUAAACAGCUUUCGAUGUUUUGGAUAUGGCCAAAAAUCUUUUGAAUCUAAAAUUUUAGAAGAAACCAAAUUUUUCAUUGAUGCUAUGGAAGCACACAAAGGUAGACCUUGUGACUUUAAGCACUUAAUAACUAAUGCUGUUUCAAAUAUAACCAAUCUGAUCAUUUUUGGAGAAAGAUUCUCUUAUGAAGACACUGAUUUUCAGCGCAUGAUCGAGUUAUUUAGCAAAAAUGUAGAACUAGCUGCCAGUGCCUCAGUCUUCCUGUAUAAUGCCUUUCCAUGGAUUGGCAUCUUGCCUUUUGGAAAACAUCAACAGCUGUUUAGAAAUGCAGCCGUGGUCUAUGAUUUUCUCUCCAAGCUUAUUGAAAAAGCUUCAGUCAACAGAAAGCCUCAGUUACCUCGGCAUUUUGUUGAUGCUUAUUUAGAGGAGAUGGAUCAAGGUAAAAAUGACCCAUCAUCUACUUUCUCCAAAGAAAACCUAAUUUUCUCCGUGGGUGAACUCAUCAUUGCUGGAACUGAAACUACAACCAAUGUUCUACGCUGGGCAAUUCUUUUCAUGGCCCUUUAUCCCAACAUUCAAGGACAAGUUUGGAAAGAGAUUGAUUUAAUUAUGGGCCCCAGUAGACGGCCUUCUUGGGAUGACAAAUGCAAAAUGCCAUAUACUGAAGCAGUUUUGCAUGAAGUUUUAAGAUUCUGUAAUAUAGUUCCAUUAGGGAUUUUCCAUGCAACCUCUGAAGAUGCAGUUGUACGUGGUUAUUCCAUUCCCAAAGGCACAACAGUAAUUACAAAUCUUUAUUCUGUACACUUUGAUGAAAAGUACUGGAAAGACCCGGAAGUAUUCUAUCCUGAACGAUUUCUAGACAGCAGUGGACAUUUUGUCAAAAAAGAAGCUUUGGUUCCUUACUCCUUAGGGAGAAGACAUUGUCUUGGAGAACAGCUGGCUCGGAUGGAAAUGUUCUUGUUUUUUACAGCAUUGCUUCAGCGGUUUCAUUUGCAUUUUCCACAUGAACUAGUUCCAAAUGUGAAGCCCAGGUUAGGUAUGACAUUGCAGCCCCAGCCUUACCUCAUCUGUGCUAAAAAGCGCUGAAAGUGCAUAGAUGUUUUAAGGAAUAAGGAUAUAUGUUUGCCUUACCCCAAAUCUUAUUUAAUCUAAUCAGCAUGAGGUUUAAAACAAGUCAUAAUAUCAAAAAGCCAAACCAAUGUAUCAUUAAAAAGAACAAUAACUAGCAUUAGCUAUGAUUUCUUUUCAAGCUUGUAACUUCUAAGGUACAAUUCUUUUACUGAGGAACAUGAAGGUGCAAGGGACAGAUAUUGCAUAAGAUGCAAAGAAAGGAAGCUGAGCCACUUGUUAAGUAUAAGGUUCCUCUCAUCCCUUUUGACUCCAUUUACCUGCUAGUAGAGCUUUGUUUCUAAAUGCCAGCUCCUUUCUGAUCCAGGAUUAUCAUGAAUAGACUGUGGUAGCAGUCCGGUUUAAUAGAAGACAGAAGAAAUUAGAGUUCAAAUAAAUUAAUUUGGACUGUAGGUAUUUUAGAUAUGGUAACAGAUGAUGAAAAAAUAUAUAUUUGGUAUAGGGCCAGCCUUGCUUUCAAAUAUUGCUUCCAACUAUGUGUCCAUGAGAACUGUGUCAUUAUUCCUAUAAAUGGUGAUCUGCUUAAUUCCUGAGCUUCCAUCUCAACAGCAGCUCAGGAGAACGAAAAUGACAGAUGGCUAUUAAUGUUUUAUAGGCACAGACUGCAGCACUGUUUGUGAAAGCAGUUACCAUAUUUAAAGAUCAGAUCAUCGUAUUUAGUAGAGGUCUUUCAUGGGUUCGUGUUUUCCCUAAACAUAAUAUUCAAAUCCAAAAACAAGCUGUUGAGCAUUAAAAAGAGCAAUUAAAGAGCAUGAUUGUGUAAAUUUGCAUACUUGAGAGUGGUGGAAUGCUAUUAACAGUUUGACCAGAAGAGGCAAAUUGUGAAUGCCCUGAAAAAAUGGGAAAAUGUGUUCAGUUAUUUAUAGCUGUUUUUUACAUCAUCAUUUUUUCUGAAGUUAAUACUCUUAUAAUUUGGCUUAUGAAUAGUGAUAGCCUCUGAAUAACUGCAAAUAGUCAUGACAUAUUAAGAAGAUGGAUUUAACCUUAGUUUAGCUCCAUCUAUUAAAUACUCUCAAGUUUCUGCGUUAUAAAGAAAUCUUUGCAUCUCUGGUGCAUUAAGAUUUCUUCAGUUGCAAGGAAGGAGAAUCCUACGAAAAUUUGCCUAAAUAAUCGAGGGAAACUUGGAGGUAAUAUGGAAGUUUUAGAGUCGAUAUAGCCUAGAUGCUUCAUGAUAAAAUCAAAGGACCUGUUUCUUCCCAUUCCUGUUUUCCCUUCCAGAUGAUAUCAGCUUUAUCUUAAGGCUGGCUUAUGUGGGAGUGCAUGUGUUCUGCCCCCAUUCCAUGUACAGUGAGCAAGUCUGAAUUGUUUCUGAGAUAGCAAGGAAAUUUUUCUUAUACCCUCCAGAAAACUGUUCUUUGUGUCCCAGAGGUCCUAUCUGAGUCUUGUGCCCAUACAUUAACUUAAACCUGUGUUUUGUGAGUGGGAUUAUGGUUGACUUGGCCUGAAUAUAUAACUAUUAGAACUAGUGAUGGAAUUGACUUCUCCUGAGAGCGCAUGUCUUGUAUAGGGGUGGUAUAAACAAAAAUCAGGAUAAUUAUGAAGAGAAGAAUUAUAAGUGAAAAGACCAUUUAUAGUAUCUACCUCACUCGCUUCUAUCUGUUUCCAUCCUACCUUUGUGAAUCUUGACAAAUGUACUCAUAAAUCUUUAAUAUUUGUUCUUUUUUGGCACAACAAAUCUUUCAUCCUUGGGCCUCCUCUUAACAUCAUAUCGCAUAUAACACUAAACCUAAGUUGAACUCCAGGAAUUUCAAAGUCUUGGCCAUCCUACUAAGCAAUGCAGCUCUGUGAACUGAAGUGGAUUGUAAUGAAAUUUGGAGAGGACUUAUUUUACCAUGUAUGUAAUUUAAAACUGACAAAUAUUAGAAAUUUAAGCAUAUGUUAUCUAGAUGUCCCUCAAGAGCUUUAUGUGCUAAUAGGGCCUUUGAAGGGUGAUUGGAUUGUGGGAGUGAUGUAGUUAAAAGGGUAUUAGGAGCUAGGUCCUGAUUGAAGAGGCAGCUCACUGGGAGCAUGACCUAGAAGACAUGUCUUCCACCCCUGCUUGUUCCUUCUGUCUGCUUCCCUUUGCCCAGACCGUUCUGCCAUGAUGUGUGAUGAAGCCUGCUGAACAUGAAUUGAACCCAAAUAAAGCUCUCCUCUUUUAAA